AUAGCCAAUCCACGCAUGCGUCUCACGAGCGAACGUAACAGGGCAAAGAUGGCGGCGGGUUCCGAUUUGCUGGAUGAUGUUUUCUUCAACACAGAGGUGGACGAGAAAGUAGUUAGUGAUCUAGUUGGAUCUUUGGAGUCUGAGCUCACGGGAUCGGGUCACGGAGACUCCACGGUCAGGGUCCAGUCUUCAGCAAAUCACAUUCGCAACUCAGCAGUAAGUGGCAAUUCCAAUGUCCAGGGAAGCAAAAUGGGACUUUCACAAGAGCUUGCUAAAGCAGGGACUGGUGGAGUGCAAGGCGGUGUCAUUAAUAGUACGAGGUCCCAAGGUUCAACCAUGGAUGCAGCAGCCGGGACCACAGCGGCAUCGGGAAUGACAGACGGUCAAAGCAAGUUGGGGACAGUCGGUGGGAUUGUAACGGUGGCAGGCAGCGGAAAACCUGACACAACUGGUGUGCAAACUUUGAAUGGAAGUAGCGCAGUGAUAAACUCUCACAAUUCGGAAAGCUCAACUAAUAGCGGUAGCAACAACACUUCACCAGCUACCACUAUUGUCAACAACGGACCUGGCUCUGGAGUCAAAGGAAACGUAAUUCUUUCAUCAACCUCUGGCACUGUCAUUCAAACUCCUUUAAUGAAUACACAUAAUGCUGUCACAUCGACUGUAAUAUCUCAGCCUUCCUCCACUUUGAACAGUGUGCCUACCGUCACACUCGUGAGGCCGCCUAUGCAAACCCCCGGAGCAAACACUCCGCAGAGCGGGAGCAACACCGUUCUGACAUCAGCUGUCAGCGUUGCCAAUCCUGCAUGUUCAGGACCUCAGACUAACAAAUUCGAAACACCAAAAACGAUUAUUCAAACAACAGCACAGAAUACGGCGUCCAGUGCUACAGCUGCAGUGAAAAGCCCGACGACUUUACAAAACGUAAUAAGGACUUCCAUCCCAACAUCAAUUGCUGCGAAUCCUGGCGGAAUACGAGCAAUUGCUCCGCAAGUGUUGGCACCACGGCUUGCCCAGCCUCAACAGAAUGCUCCAAACAUCCAAAACAUUCAGCUUCCGCCAGGGAUGGUCCUGGUGAGAAGUGAGACUGGGCAGCUGUUGAUGAUCCACCAGCAGACCCUGGCCCAGAUGCAGGCUCAGUCCCAGUCCCAAAGCGCCAUGGCCCCACGGCCAGCCACGCCCACCAGCACUCCCUCUGUCCAGAUCAACUCUGUUCAGGCUCCAGGGUCCCUGUUGACCCGUCAGGUGUCCCCCACCAGCAUCAUCAAGCAGGGUUCCCCAGUGCAGGCUGGUGUGCAGGCCACCACCACGCUCCAGAGGCCUCCGGUACUGCAGAACACCAUCAUGCUGGGAGGGUCGGCCAGCACCCCAGGCCAGCCUCUGGUCACGCCCUCCCCAGUACAGGCUGGCUCUGCUGCGGCGAGGACCCCCGCUCCUCCCUUGGCCGUCAGCACGGAGACUGUGGAGAAUGUGAAGAAGUGUAAGAACUUCCUGUCCACGCUGAUCAAGUUGGCGUCCAGUGAAAAGCAGUCCUCUGAGACCACAGCCAACGUCAAGGAGCUGGUCAAGAACCUUCUGGAGGGGAAGAUUGAAGCAGAGGACUUCACUAGUAGGUUGUACAAGGAGCUCAACUCUUCUCCUCAGCCCUACCUUGUGCCUUUCCUCAAGAGGAGUCUCCCUGCUCUGCGUCAGCUGACCCCAGAUUCGUCAGCCUUCAUCCAGCAGAGUCAGCUUCCCCUGCCCAGCGCCCAGCCUGCCCCCGCCCCAGCCGCCUCCACCGCCCUGACUGCCGUGGUCUUGGGGGGCCCAGCCGCCCAGAGACCCUCCCUCUCCUCCAGUAGCAGUGUGGGGGCCAAACAGUCCCCGGUGAUCAGCCUGGCCCACACACCCCUCAGCAAGCCCAGCCUGAUUGUGCCCCAGCAGCAGGGGGCCCUGGUGAGACCCCAGGUGACCUUGUCCCAGUCCCCCAUGGUGACCCUCCGAGGACAGACCCACAGUCGCGUCAUCAUGGGGCAGCCGCAAAUGGUCAAGCAUCUGCAGGCAGUGCCUGUGAUGAAGCAGACUGUGGGCCCCGGGGGCCGACCAGCAGCAGGGCCCUCGUCUCUACUGACGGCAGCCCAGAGGAACAAGCUGAAGGAGGCGGGGGGAAGCUUCAGGGACGAUGAUGACAUCAAUGAUGUUGCCUCCAUGGCUGGAGUCAACCUGUCGGAAGAGAGCGCCCGUAUCCUGGCAACAAACUCUGAGCUUGUUGGCGCGGUGACCCGUUCCUGUAAGGAUGAGGCCUUCCUCGCUACCUCUUCACUGACCCGCAGAGUCCUGGAAAUAGGUAAGAAGUUUGGAGUCGCUGAACUGGGCCCUGAGGUCAUAAACUACAUAUCCCAUGCUACUCAGCAGCGACUCCAGAACCUGCUGGAGAAAGUGUCUGAGGUGGCACAGCAGAAAAACAUCACAUUCAAGGAGGAUGAUAAGCACGAGCAGGCGAGUGAUGUCCGGGCUCAGCUCAAGUUCUUUGAGCAGCUGGACCAGAUGGAGAAGCAGAGGAAGGAGGAGCAGGAGAGGGAAAUCCUCAUGAAGGCUGCCAAGUCUCGGUCGCGGCAAGAGGACCCUGAGCAGCUCCGGCUAAAACAGAAGGCCAAAGAGAUGCAGCAGCAGGAGCUGGCCCUGAUCAGACAGAGAGAGGCUAACAUGACUGCCCUGGCAGCCAUCGGCCCCCGCAAGAAAAGGAAGAUGGACUCUCCCAUCAGCGGGGCCACAGCUGAGGGCUCGAGCUCUGGCCCCUCCCGGGAGGGGGGGUCGGGAGGGGGGGGCUCCAGACAGUUCACCCGCCAGCGCAUCACCAGGGUCAACCUCAGGGACCUGCUUUUCUGCCUGGAGAAUGAGAGAGAGACCAGCCACUCCCAUCUCCUCUACAGAGGCUUCCUCAAAUAGUACAGAGAGACCCAGGCCCCACCCAAAAGACUACACUGACCAGCUACACUCAAACUCAUCAAAAUGUGACAGAGGAUGAGCCCUCCCUGUUAUGCGUACAUCCUCCUCCUAGGUCAUGGCACAGAGGGACAAGAGAGCAGCAGUGUGCUGAAGAAGCACUCAUGUUGUGAAGUGCUCAUGGAGACCAGAAUGGGCCUGGGGGCCUGGCAGGCUCCCACCAGACCUGUCAUAGACUGCCUCUACUGCCUCUACUGCCCUGAUCCAGAGGCCUCUACUCAACUGCAUGCUCCCCUGUUGGAGGGGAAACAUCUUUACAAUUGUUUUUAUUUAAACAUUUUAAUAGAAGUGGGCUUUUGUUUUACCAGGUCUAACAAACCAGUAAAUGCAGUCAAAUCAUGUAUCAAACAUUCUAACAUAAGGCUUACAUAAGACCUGGGCAAAACUAUGGUUGAUGACAAUGUUGAUUCUAGUUAUGGACACAGUUUAAUUUUGUUAUUUUACUUACCAUAGAACUAUUUAAUGCUUGUGGAUUAUUUUAACUUAACUAAUAGUCUUGUCUUCUGCUGAGUUGCCUUCUUGCCAAAAUAAGCCAUAUGAAUCAUACAUGUUGAACUCUUCAGGUUAGGUAGUGUUAGUUUGAAUCUGAUAGGAGCAACACUCUGUCUCUUAAUGUAACUGUAUUUGUACUCCUUUCAGCUUUGGAUUAUCUGUUUGUCCCUUGUGUGCAAUUGUUUUUGACUUGGUUUGAAAAGAGUUAUAAUUAUUUAUGUCUGCGUGUGCGUGUGCGUGUGCGUGUGUGUGUGUGUGUGUGUGUGUGUGUGUGUGCGUGCGCGCGUGCGUGCGCGUGUGUGCGUGCGUGCGUGCGUGCGUGUGUGUGUGUGUCCGUCCUCUGGCCUGCUGGAGCCUCUGCUGUGGUGGGUCAGAGUGUUGGACACACUGUCAGACCUGCCACAACACACACCCCACCAACAGGAUAGACUCAUUACUAUUUUUG